AUGCAAUCUAGUCCAAGGUUAAGAUUUAACUCAGCUGCUGUUAAUUAAGCUCUUCGGUAGAAAUCUCAUUCUGCAUAUGAACAAACUCCUUGGGAGUUUAGAUUCCAUUCUUCUGGAGGAAAGCACCUGUCCAGUUAACAUAAUCAGUAGGCAUAGGCUGAUAAUGAUGAAGUGCAGAACAUAUCAUUUUCUGAGAAUAUAGAUGAGUCGCCAAUGAAAAUGGAUGAACAUAUAAAAGGCCCCAAUUCAUAUCAGCAAUCUUAAUUCAUGACAUAAUCUCACCCUGGAGAAAAGUGCUAAGUUAAUGUUGAUAGUAUUUAACUGGAUAGAAUGCAGAUGACUAAAGGAUUUAAUACUCAAAAUGCAAAGAAAAAUAUAUAAGAUGAGAUGAUCGAUGACGAUGAGAAUCUAUUUGAGAUUGAAAUUAAGAAUCUUGAUACAAAUGAGAUCUAUAAAAUGCAGGUGCCUGUUUCUUAAAGCAAUGAUAAUACUCCAAAGCAAGCUGUAUAGAAUGUUGGAAUCCCUAUCGCAAAAAUAGACUUAAAUUAUGCUUCAAAGCGGAAAACUGCUGGGAACUUGGGGCCUAUCGGAGCUAGUGGAAUUGCUGCUGAGAAUAUCUUAAAGGAGAAUAUUAAUGGUUUAGUGAACAAUUCUGCUGUUGUUGAAGAUAGCAGUAAUGGCAAAGUGAUACACCAGACUUAGAUCACACUGUUGCAGCAUUCGCAAGUUGCAGAGAAAAAAAUAUCUAAUAGGAAAAUAAAUCUUUACGCCUCAAGUUUUUAAUAAUAACCUAGUGAUAAGAGAAUGAUUUAAUCGGCUAGUCAUAAGGUCCUGAUUCAAAACUUUGAAUGCUAAGGUGAUGAAUAGAAAAUAGUAAAACAGUUGAUUGAAUUUAAAAUUCAAUAACAAACUAAUUCUCUAGACAAAACAUCGUUAUUAAUCCAUAGACAAUGCAGUGAAAGAAGUCCUGAUCAUUAAUCCAUCUCAACUGUUGAUGUUACCCAAAUAUUAGAUGAGAGAAAUUAAAAGCUUUUGAAAGAGAUAUAUUCUGUACCCCAGCAAAAAUACUCUCAAGAGUACGAAGAAUAUCUUCCAUAAUUUGAAGAAAAUAUUAAAUUAUAUGAUGAUUCCACUUAUGCACUUAACUUUGAUGACUACGAGGAGUUCUAUGAUACGUUUUAAGAUUAAAUAAAUGUCAAGAGUCAUCUACUUAGCAAUUUUAUGGCACUUUAAUCGAUAUAAAAUAGAGAAAUGAAAGCUUAUAGUGAUAGUUUAAAUGACAGUGCAUGGUUAAUUAAGAAUAGUAUUAAUAAGCAUCUAGGAGUGGAAGUUUUAAAGAAUGAGGAUAAACAUCGAAUAAAAGAAAAGUUUGAUAAAGCAGCGCUUUAAUUAGCACCAAAUAAUAUCAAGACUGAAUUAGAGGCUAAAUACGCUUUAGAAUCAUAGAAGAAACCAACGUUCAAAGAUAAUCUUAUUGGGUCAGUUGAUUUUAUGGGUAUUUAUCUGGUUAAGCUUUAAGAUCAUCAUGUUUAGUUAGAUGAAAGAAGUUUCUUUUCAAAAAUGAUGUGGAGCGAUCCAUAAAAGAUCGAGAAAGAAGCAAAAAUUGAAGCUUUCAUGUAGAUUGAAUGGACCAAGUAUCAAAUAUGGGGAGUUUAUUGUGACAUAAUUGGAAAGAUUCUUAAUGUAGAAAACUACAAUUAGGAGGAAAAGACUAUAAGAGAGUAUAUUUACUCUGAAAGUCUCUUUGGUUGGUUUAAUCCGCUCAUUGUAGAUAUCUGA